GGAAAGGAAAAAUCCAUGAAGCAUCGUUGUCCUGACUCCUCCGUAUUAUUUAUACCACCCUUCUCCCCCUCCAUUGUCUACACCAUUCGCCACAAAAUCCCACAGAUGCCCAGUGUAAAGCAAUUCUUCACGGGAAUGUCAGAUUCCGGCAAGCACACUUCCAUCUCCAAGAGAAACAAAAAGCUCUUCUUGCUUGUCUUUUCUUCUGUGCUGCUCAUUGCAGCUGUAGUUGGCAUUGUCGCCGGCGUCCACUCUCGGAAGAGCUCCACCAACGAUGUGGGAUUGACUGCUGGACAUGCGGUUCUCAAGUCUGCAUGCAGCAGCACUCGGUACCCGGAUUUAUGCUACUCCGCCAUUGCAACCGUUCCCGGAGCCAGCAAGAAGGUGACCAGCCAGAAGGACGUGAUCGCAGUGUCUCUGAACAUCACCGUUACCGCCGUUGAGCACAACUACUUCACCAUUGAGAAGCUCCUGGAUUUCAAGAAUCUCACCAAGCGUGAGAAGGCCGCUCUCCAUGAUUGCCUGGAGACCAUCGACGAGACGCUGGAUGAGCUGCACGUGGCCAUGGACGACCUGGACGAAUACCCCGACAAGAAAUCGCUAACCCAGCAUGCGGAUGACCUCAAGACCCUGAUGAGCGCGGCAAUGACCAACCAAGAGACGUGCCUCGACGGGUUUUCGCAUGACGACGCUGAUAAGCACGUCCGCGAGGUGCUGCUCAAGGGUCAGAGGCACGUGGAGCAUAUGUGCAGUAACGCACUGGCCAUGAUCAAGAACAUGACCGAUACUGACAUCGCCAGAGAACGUGAAGCCAUGAACCGGAAGCUCAUGGAGGAGAGGGACGAGAGCGGGUGGCCCAAGUGGCUGUCCGCAGGGGACAGGAGGCUGUUGCAGUCGUCUUCAGUGACGCCUGAUGUAGUGGUGGCGGCGGACGGGAGUGGGGAUUACAAGACGGUGGCGGCAGCGGUGGCGGCCGCCCCUGAGAAGAGCAGUAAGAGAUACAUUAUCGGAAUCAAGGCGGGGGUUUACAAGGAAAACGUAGAAGUGGGCAAGAAGAAGACCAAUAUUAUGUUCUUGGGAGAUGGCCGAAGCAACACUAUCAUCACUGGAAGCAAAAAUGUUGUAGAUGGCAGCACAACCUUCAACUCUGCAACUGUUGCUGUGGUUGGCGAAAAAUUUCUAGCCCGGGACAUAACCUUCCAAAACACAGCAGGGCCCUCAAAGCAUCAAGCCGUUGCUCUUCGAGUUGGGUCAGACUUAUCAGCAUUCUACAAAUGCGAUAUGCUGGCAUACCAAGACACCCUUUAUGUUCACUCCAAUCGCCAAUUUUACAUAAAUUGCCUUGUAGCAGGCACUGUUGAUUUCAUCUUUGGCAAUGCUGCAGCUGUGUUUCAAGACUGUGAUAUCCAUGCUCGCCGCCCCAAUUCAGGCCAAAAGAACAUGCUUACUGCUCAAGGCAGGACUGACCCUAACCAGAACACUGGAAUUGUGAUUCAGAAGUGCAGGAUUGGUGCCACUUCUGACCUCCAAGCUGUUAUUAGCAGCUUCAAAACAUACCUUGGGAGACCAUGGAAGGAAUACUCGAGGACUGUUGUUAUGCAAACAUCAAUAACCAAUGUGAUCGACCCUGCUGGAUGGCAUGAAUGGAGUGGGAGUUUUGCACUGAGCACAUUGUAUUAUGGAGAGUACCAAAACACCGGGGCUGGGGCUGGAACCUCAAAGAGAGUAACAUGGAAGGGCUUCAAGGUGAUUACUAGUGCUAGUGAGGCUCAAGGUUUCACUCCUGGGACGUUCAUUGCAGGCAGUAGUUGGUUGGGCUCCACAGGCUUUCCCUAUUCUCUUGGUCUGGCUCUUGGUUUUGUGUUUUUGGAUGCGCUGGGCGUAAGAAUUCAAUCAGGAUCUCUCAUCUUGCUCAAUGAGACUUUGGGAACAUCAGAAGGGCAUCUGGACAUAUGGAACAUUCGUGCGUACCACCACUUUGUUGGACGCGGUUUAGGUAUGUACAUGGAUUCGAUCAAAUCCUUCAAGGGUUAUGGCAAGGUGGACGAGCUGGAAGAGCGAGCAUUUAAGCGCAAGACCCGCAAGCGCCUCAUCAUUCUCAUUAUCUCCUCAGUCGUGUUAGUGGCGGUCAUCAUCGGCGCGGUCGCAGGAACCUUGAUCCACAAGAGCAAGUCUGAGUCCAACUCUGUCCCGGCCAGUCCCGUAUCGCCGGCCGCCUCCAUCAAGGCUGUGUGCAGCGUCACUCAGUACCCAGAUUCAUGCGUCUCCAGCAUCUCUUCCCUCGACACCUCCAACACCACCGACCCAGAGGAGCUCUUCAGACUCUCUCUCCGGGUCGCCAUUGCUGAGCUCUCCAAGCUAUCUUCCUUACCCAGGCAGCUCAGCGCCAAAUCCAACGAUGCCCAACUCAAGAAGGCGUUGGGAGUUUGCGAGACCGUGUUCGAAGACGCGAUCGACCGGCUCAAUGACUCCAUCUCGUCGAUGGAGGUGCGGGAGGGGGAGAAGCUGUUAUCCGCCUCCAAGAUCGACGACAUCAAGACGUGGCUCAGCGCCACCAUUACCGACCAAGAAACAUGCUUGGACGCUCUUGAGGAGCUCAACUCCACUCUCCUGAAUGAGGUCAAAACCGCGAUGCAGAACUCCACGGUCUUCGCUAGUAACAGCUUGGCCAUUGUGGCUAAACUAGGCGGCAUCCUCCACGACUUAGACAUCCAGGUUCACCGCAAACUACUGAGCUUCUCCAAUUCCGAUCAGUUUCCCGAUUGGGUGGGGGCUGGCGAGCGGAGACUGCUCGAGGAAACAAAGCCAACCCCAGAUGUGACGGUGGCGAAGGACGGCACUGGAGACUACGUGACCAUAAAAGAAGCAGUGGCAAUGGUGCCGAAGAAGAGUGAAAAGCGAUUCGUGAUAUACGUAAAGGAAGGCAACUACUCGGAGAACAUCAUUUUAGACAAGAGCAAAUGGAACGUCAUGAUAUACGGCGACGGCAAGGAUAAGAGCAUCGUCUCCGGCAACUUGAACUUCAUUGAUGGGACCCCCACCUUCGCCACAGCCACUUUCGCCGCUGUGGGGAAGGGGUUUAUAGCAAAGUACAUGAGGUUCGAGAACACGGCAGGUGCGGCGAAGCACCAGGCGGUGGCCUUCCGCUCAGGGUCUGACAUGUCCGUCUUCUACCAGUGCUCAUUCGACGCCUUCCAGGACACCCUAUACGCCCACUCCAACCGUCAGUUCUACCGGGAGUGCGACAUCACAGGCACCAUCGACUUCAUCUUCGGCAACGCGGCUGUCGUCUUUCAGGCCUGCAAUAUCCAGCCCAGGCAGCCAAUGUCCAACCAAUUCAACACCAUUACUGCUCAGGGCAAGAAGGACCCCAAUCAGAACACUGGCAUUUCCAUCCAAAAAUGCUCCAUCUCCGCUCUCAAUACUCUGACAGCACCCACGUACCUGGGCAGGCCAUGGAAGGCCUACUCCACCACCAUCGUGAUGCAGUCAAACAUCGGCUCAUUCUUGAACCCAAAAGGCUGGACGGAAUGGGUCACCGGCGUCGACCCUCCCAGCACCAUCUUCUAUGCUGAGUUUCAAAACACUGGCCCAGGAGCUACCCUUGAUCAAAGAGUCAAAUGGGCUGGAUUCAUGACCAACAUCACAGAGGAUGAGGCAGCCAAGUUCACAGUCGGAACAUUCAUCCAAGGCGUCAGUUGGUUGUCAGAGAGCAGCGUGACCUUCGAUGCAUCCUUGUGAUUCCAAACAAACUCAGAACAUUUAUAUCAACGGGUUAUCUCAUCACAACAGUUUUUAGCAGAUGUGGGUGUAUUAUUGUUCUUCUACUGCAUAGAUUCAUGACACUUUGUUCAUUUAACAUUUUUUUUGGGGAUUGUACUUUAAAAAAUAUUUGUGGGUGUUCUAUUUAGUAUUUAUCUAAAAGAAUCGAAGAAAAGGUAAAGAUUAAAAACGCAUUCUGGGUUUGCCGCAACAUCUUCUCAUUUAUCUUUACCAAAUUUGGAACAAAUUUGAUGGAAGUCAUUGUCAACGUUUUAGUAUGUAUUGAAAUGUCCAAAUCUACAAUAAGGGUGUUGUUUUA